AUGUCGUCAAAAAAAGGCCGAGUUAUUCUCAACGAAACUGCAUUCUAUUAUCAAUAUGAAAAUGAAAAAUAUCCAAUUGAAGUACGAGAAGCCAAGAGUGACGAUGAUUUUGACUCAAUUGUUCGCAUUAAUCGAUCAAUUUUUCCGCAUGAUAAUGAAAUUGAUGACUAUGCUCGCCUAUGGAUUCAACACAAUUCAAACAGUCCUUAUUUUGUAAUAACGUAUAAUGAAUCAAAUGUUGUCGGCUAUAUUCUAUCGGUUGUUAAAGGAGGUUAUAAACGUUGUAUAACGUGUGAAUUAGAACAAUUAGCUAUUGACACUAACUAUCAUCGGGAAGGUUUCGCAUCAUCGCUAAUAAAAAUAUCUCUAAUCAAAUUUCAGCAUUUAUUACAAAAGCGGUUGCAAUAUUCGACAUUGAAAAUUGGUAUCGUUUAUCUCACGACUGGUUGUACUAAUUAUUCAGCACAAUUAUUGUAUACGAAAAUAUUAGAAGUCAAACAGAAAGGUGCCAAAAUAUGCCACAUUUACGGUAGCAAUGAAUAUGGUGAAGAAGAAAUCAUAAUGGUUAAUGAAAACUUGGAACCAAUAGUAGAAAAAUUCAUGGAAGAAUACAGGGCUCUUAAACUUUAA